CCAGGAAGUGGAACUAAACAGUUUUGAACAUGGUGGAGCACGCAUAACAGGUUUCCAAUUAGUAGACAAAAAUGGAUCUAAAUCAAAAGUUUUAAUACCUUGGGAGAAAAGGACGAAAUCGGAGAUAAAGAAGGGCAUCAAGGCACCACCUUUCGAAAUGAAAGAUAUAUUUCUGUUGGACAGCUUUUGCUUUCUACAACAAGGCUUUGAGAAAAUAAAUCGAGAAAGUCCCGAUUUAGUACGGACGAGAACUGGUAUACAUUAUAAUACAAAUUCUUCAAAAGAAAUAGUGUGUCAUAAACAUAAAUUUCUUGAAAGAGGACCAAAAAUUUUAGAGUUUCUGAAGAAUACAUCGGCACCGUGUCUUUCGGGAAAUGUACAAUUUGAUAAAAAUGGAUACCGAACAAAAUACAACUUUGAUGUCCAUUCUCUGUAUAAAAAGAAAUUGAAAAAGAUUGGAAAUUGGUCGUCUGAAACUGGAUACAACAAAGAUGUAAUUGAUGCUCUGAAAAAGAAACCAAAAGAACAUAAAGGCCCAUACGUAGUUACAUUAGUUGUGGAGGCUCCGUUUGUUAUAAAUAAGACAGAUAAAAAUGGGAAGGAAGUGUUUGAAGGGUUCUGUAUUGACAUGUUCAAUAAACUUGCCAAUAGUUCACAGCUUCAACUAGAUUAUGUAAUACGAAAGCGGAAUGAUACCAAAUAUGGAGCCUGGAAUAAGAAAACCAAAUCCUGGGAUGGUAUGAUAUCUGAACUUAUAGAAGGAGAGGCGGAUAUCGCUCUUGGUAGCAUAUCAAUCACUGAAGAAAGGGAGAACGUGGUUGAUUUUACAAAGCCAUUUAUGAAUACCGGAAUAAGUAUCAUGAUCAAAAGGCCAGAUAAACAAAAACCAAACAUACUAUCAUUCAAAGAGCCUUUUUCUAACAGUAUGUGGAUAUGUAUUAUGUGUGGAUUUGCUGGUGUUAGUCUUGUGUUGGUGUUGAUUGGACGCUUUAGUCCUUAUGAAUGGCAAAAUAAUUCAAAUACUGGCCCAUCAGAAGAUUUUAGUGUACUGAACUCUUUAUGGUCAUCAUUUGGCGCGUUACUUCAGCAAGGUUCAGAUUUUCUUCCAAGUUCAAUAUCUGGUCGCAUAGCUGAGUGUGCCUGGUGGUUUUUCACAUUAAUCAUAGUAUCAUCAUAUACAGCAAACUUAGCAGCUUUUCUAACAGUGGAAAAACUUAAUAUACCAAUUAACUCUGCAGAUGACUUAGCAAAACAGUCCAAAAUAAAGUAUGGUAUCUCGAAGGGUGGAUCUACAGAAAAGUUUUUCAGUACUUCCAAUGUCUCAGUUUAUAAACAGAUGUGGGAAUUUAUGGAGGCAACAUCACAAACUGCCUUUGUAAACGGCAACCUAGAUGGUUGGAACAAAGUGUUAGAAGGAAAAGGGGAAUAUGCAUUUUUGCUCGAAUCAACUAGCAACGAUUAUCGAAAUCAGCAAAAACCAUGUAAAACGAUGAAAGUUGGUCAUAAUCUCAAUCAAUAUGGCAUAGGCAUUGCAACCAAACAAGGAAGUGAAUUAAGCCGAAAGUUAAAUUUAGCUUUACUGGAAAUAAUAGAAAAAGGUGAACUGAUUAAUUUAAAACAGAGAUGGUGGUACGAUAAAGGACAGUGUGGUCAAUCAACAGCAUCAGUAGGAAAGAAAUCUUUAUCGCUUAGCAAUGUUGCUGGAACAUUUCACAUAGUGAUUGGAGGUCUGGUGAUAGCAAUGAUUUUCUCAGCAUUAGAAUUUCUCUUUCACCAUAAGAAGAAUCAACGAAAACAGAGCAAGGUUAUUAAAACAAAUUUAAUAACAGACUUGACGGAUAUUGGACAUGUCAACAUGGAACGGAAAAACGAUGAAACGAAACCAUUAAAAUCACCUAACAUAAAUGGUGCAAAUGACAAUAAAGGACAUCCAUGCCUUUGUCGGGGUAUGCUAACUGUAUUUAAAGAACAGAAUAAUUCGUAUCAAACAACAACAACAUCACCUGCAAACCUUAUUAUGUUCGACUCGAUCACAGAAAAUGGAUCCACAAUGCUUUGACCAGAAACAUUCGAGCAUAUGAAAGAAAUAUAAAGGGUCAUCCAUUUGAAGACUGAAUCUGUUAAUCAACUUUAAACUUUGAUUGGUUAUUGAUAAUCAGAUGUAACGGGUGAUUUGUAUGUAACACUGUAUAAACAAUUCAUAUUUGGUCUUCACAACAACUAUGCUUAUCUAUGUGCACGAAGAUUCAGUUCAUCAAAAUAUUUGAAAGUUAUAAUUUAUUGCUGACGUAGCACAGCUUAAC